ACACCUUCAUCUCUUUCAAAUUCAUCGUCCCAAGCAAUCCAGCUUAAUUUCAGAGUUCAAAUAAUUUGUGCUAAUUAAACCAAUAGAGAUAAGCUAGCAAGACAUGGGGCACAAAGAAAAAUCUAAAGAGCGAAAAGAGAAGAGAUUGCAAGAGAUAUCUCUUCUGAGGACCAUUCCAUAUGCUGAUCACCAGAGGUGGUGGUCUAAGGAAACAAUUGCCGUGGUUACUGGAGGAAACAGAGGAAUUGGGUUCGAGAUCUCUAGACAACUUGCUGAUCAUGGAGUAACGGUAAUACUAACAUCAAGAGAUGCUAGUGUUGGUGUUGAAUCAAUCAAGGUCUUGCAAGAGGGUGGUCUUCAGGACGUGGCAUGUCAUCAACUUGAUAUUCUAGAUACUUCUUCCAUCAACCAAUUCUGUGAGUGGUUGAAGGAAAAUUAUGGUGGCUUAGACAUUCUGGUAAAUAACGCCGGAGUUAAUUUCAAUUUUGGGUCUGAUAAUUCCGUUGAAAAUUCGAAAUUGGUUAUUGAAACAAAUUAUUAUGGCACCAAACGUAUGAUUAAAGCCAUGAUUCCAUUGAUGAAGUCUUCCUCUGCUGGCGGACGCAUUGUAAAUGUGAGCUCGCGUUUAGGUCGACUAAACGGGAAGCGAAAUAGAUUGGAGAAUGAAGCAUUGAGGGAGCAACUAAGUGAUGAGGAAUCCCUUUCAGAGGAAGUGAUUGAUGGGAUGGUAUCAACUUUUCUGCAACAAGUGGAAGAUGGAAGUUGGAAAUCAGGAGGAUGGCCUCCAACGUUCACUGACUACUCGGUGUCAAAACUAGCAGUUAAUUCUUACACAAGGUUCAUGGCAAAGAAGCUUUCUGAGAGACCUGAUGGUGAAAAGAUUUAUAUCAAUUCCUAUUGCCCCGGUUGGGUGAAAACCGCUCUCACAGGUUAUGCAGGAAGUGUUUCAGUUGAGGAUGGUGCUGAUUCUGGUGUCUGGCUUUCCCUUAUUCCUGAUCAAGCUAUUACGGGCAAGUUCUUUGCAGAGAGACGGGAAAUUAACUUUUAAGAAGUUUGGAAUAAUGAAUGUUAGUUGAAGAAUCAAUCAAAUUGGAACCAGCUUCACCAAAUUGAAGGAAAUAUGAUUCGGUACAGUGUGUGUGUUUGUGUUUGUCUGAAGGACCAUUUUGUGUUUUCAGAUUGAGAAUGAUAGAUUACCAAAACAAUUCCUCAAUGUCACCACAUACACAAGUGAUUAUUCACUCCUUGGAAGUCUUACUUACCGUACGUGUUGAAUGUUACUGUUAGUAUUAUUCUGAGUUAUUUUGUAAUUUAGUGACGAGUGCUUCAUUAGUCAGUGAUCACUGAUGCUUAAAGAAAGCAAGUUACUGCAUGUUUGUUAGUACUUAAAAUAUGCUAUCUUGCCU